CUUAUUUAUUGUCUUUGCUAGUAGUAGAAUAAAACAAGUUUGGAUUUGACAUUUUGCAAUAACAUGGCUCAGCCUCAGGUACCGUCAAGACAACAAGAUGGCCGCAUCCGCGACCGCAGAGUUUUGGGAACCUUCUCUACUGACGAAAACCGCAGAUACCGCAACGAUGACCGCAACCGACGAUUCUUUGUCGAACCGGACAACCCAGUGGACUUUGACUACGCAAGAGGGUUCGGUGACUACGUGGAUAUGGGGGACGAUGAGGGCGACACAACCUCGCUGGACAAUGUUUUAUCCUGGAUUCGUGAUCAUAAGAUACUUUUAAAAGAAGAUGGAAUACUCGAUUCAAAGAGAUCAAGGUUGAACAUGGACUUCGUCGGCCGGCGAGGAACUUUCAAAGAACUCUUGUCAGCUGGAGGCACCAUGGACGCUGAUAUCGAACUGUUUGUGACCCUCUACAGGGGGACCUACUACCUCUCGCAAUUCUGGACUCCUGAGGAUAAAAGUAGGCAACCAUUAACCAGAAAACAACAGAUGAUAGCGGCCUCUUCCAAACUGUUUCUUCAAUUCGUUACAAGUAAGGAGGGAUGCGAAGCGGGUUCUUAUGCCCCACUGAACGACAAUGCAUCCUAUUACGCUAUGAUGAGCGCCCUCUGCGGUAAACAUCGGAUGCUGUUCAGCUCUGAGGUUCAGGCAGAAGGGAAAGAUGAACUCAAAAGGCUCAAAACUUCUCCAAGUAAUUACCUCAACAUACGCACUAAUGGCCAGGCUUUCUUAAACCCGAAGAAGGCAUUAAAGUGGUGGGCCCCUAACGCCCUCUCUGGCAUUCCGAAAAUAGUAUGUGGAUUGCGGGACGACAGACGUAAGCUUGUCCGUUCCAUUGAAUAUAUUCACACCGACCGUAUACCGGAGCAAUAUGCCAAGAAUGAGUGGGCACCAGAUGCUUGCAUGGAAACAAUGGAUUCAUUGCUUUCUCAGAUCAAGGAUAUGGUACAAGAUGACGACAUGUGUUCUGUGUAUCACCUGGCAUUGGAGCGGGUUGAAGGGGGUCGUCGUUCAUACCAUCAAAGACCAAGCCGCCGGUUCGUCUCCCAUGGCAAACGAACAGAUGAUUGCACGCUAAUCAAAGAAGAACUCAUUAACGCCAUAUUCGAGUAG